AUGCCACGCUCCUUUUUGGUAAAGCAGACAAAGGUUUUUGAUUUCUCCUCUUCAAGAGGUCACCAUCACCAGCACUGGGACAAGAGGGCUGUGACACAUGCCAUCGCAGAGUCGGCCACACGACUGGCAACACGCCUGAGUGAAAACGGAUAUAUCCAGGACUAUGUAAUUCCAUCUCUGCAGCAGGGAGCUGCGGUGUCCUGUGAUGAUGAGGCUCCCCUGCACUCGCCCUAUGGCUCCGGGGGCAGCACAGCAGAGGAUUUCUCAGACCAUGACAUGGAACAUCCUGACAGCCCAGUGUCCAACUGUACAGCCCAGCCCGACAGCAGCUUGGAAACAGAAUUAUGUUUUACUUCAGAGGCUUAUUUGAGCUACGGGUCCACGCACAGGUGCUCCCAGGGUAAAGCCAAGGGGCCAGUUAAAGGCCAUUAUAAGUGCAAUGAGUGUGACAAGUCCUAUGCCACCUCUUCCAACCUGAGCCGACACAAGCAGACGCACCGCAGCCUAGACAGUCAGCAGGCCCGCAGGUGCCCCACCUGCCACAAGCUGUACGUAUCUAUGCCUGCGCUGGCCAUGCACCUCCUCACCCACGACCUCAAGCACCAGUGCACUGUGUGUGGGAAGUCUUUCAGCCGACCCUGGCUGCUGCAGGGACACAUGCGCUCGCACACAGGUGAAAAGCCCUUUGCCUGCUCACACUGUGGGAAAGCCUUUGCAGACCGCUCCAAUCUGCGUGCUCACAUGCAAACACACUCUGCCUUCAAACACUACACAUGCACACGCUGUACCAAGAGCUUUUCACUCAAAUCCUACCUCAACAAGCACCUGGAGUCAGCCUGCUUCAAAACAGACUGA